UCAACACGACAUGCACCACUCUGACCCAAAAAAUCCUACAUUUAUUUAUUGGCUGUUUCAAACAGCAAUCUUUUGUCCACACCGUGCUUCCCAACAAUCCCUCCAUUGGAACGAAGCAUUUCCGCAGCAAAACCCCCCACAGAGAGUCUCCUUCCCCUGGUCUGAGAGAUCGGAGAGGGGAGGUGGAGGUAGAUAGAUGGCGAAUAGGGUAGAUCACGAAUACGAUUAUCUGUUCAAGAUCGUUUUGAUCGGGGACUCUGGGGUCGGAAAAUCUAAUAUCUUGUCCAGGUUCACCAGGAAUGAGUUCUGUUUGGAGUCCAAAUCAACUAUAGGUGUCGAGUUCGCAACUAGAACUCUUCAGGUGGAGGGAAAGACAGUUAAGGCACAGAUUUGGGACACUGCUGGUCAGGAGAGGUAUCGAGCUAUUACCAGUGCUUACUAUAGAGGGGCAGUCGGUGCAUUCCUUGUGUAUGACAUAACUAAGAGGCAAACCUUUGACAAUGUCCUAAGGUGGCUUCGAGAAUUGAGGGACCAUGCAGAUUCUAACAUUGUCAUCAUGAUGGCUGGAAAUAAGUCUGAUCUUAAACAUCUCAGAGCUGUUUCAGAGGAGGAUGGGCAUACCUUGGCUGAGAAGGAGGCUCUUUCGUUUCUCGAGACAUCAGCACUCGAAGCUACCAAUGUUGAGAAGGCGUUCCAAACCAUACUAGCAGAGAUCUACAACAUCAUCAGCAAAAAGGCAUUAGCAGCCCAAGAAGCAGCUGCCAGUAACACACUUCCUGGUCAAGGAACCUCCAUUAAUAUUGCUGAUUCAGGAAACACAAACAAAAGAAGUUGCUGUUCUACUUAACUUGUAGUAGAAAAUAUUUGAGGGACACAAAAGAUAUGCGAGCAAGUUGUCUUCUUCUCUAUAUUAUUUUUUCCUUUUCAUUUUUUUGGUGAAAGAGAGUCCUGUAGAAUACUUUUAACUUCAAUGAGUUGUGAUGAAGGAGCUUGUGAAAGUGGAAACAAAGUACUUUUUCUUUCUUUGCAAC